AUGUCGCCGGCCCUCGCCUCCUUCAGCGCGUCCUCGAACCACCGCUCGACGCAGUCGGCAACGACCUUCGACAGAGGCAGCCGCCGCUUAUCGGCCGUGAAGCCGCUGUUCUCAGCCUCCAUCGCCGUCCUGUUUUCUGCUGCUGCUAUAGCCUCCGAUGUUCUUUCGCCUCCGCCGCCUUCUGAUGGGCCGGUUGUGAAAAUACAUCCAUCUGUAUUGCUUUCCAGUACUGAAGCUUUGUUCACGGCGCGCCGGAACAACGGACGCGGUGACUGGAACUUCACGGUGGACGGAAGCGGCGGGGACUGCAACUUCACGAGCUUUUACGGAAAGGAAUUAUAUGACUACCACGAGGAGCUGAGACAUGUUGGGGUCAUGUCUGAGUUUAAGGAUGCAUGCGAGUACAUUGGGAAUCAUCUCAUGUCUAUAGCGGUCUCGUCAGCUCUGACUCGUGCCCAUUUCUACUCGAUACUGAGCUUUAUCUGA